GGGCGCUACGAUAGCAACAACAGACGAGAAGCGAGAGAUCUGAUAUGAAAGAAGUGAAGGGAGAAGACCUACCGGAUGUGGUGGUCCUUAAUAUCUUCGGUUUCCUGAGAUUCGGCGAUCUUUGUCGAGUCGGCAGGGUUUGCAAGCGUUGGUAUCAACUGUCGAGAUCACAGGUGUUGUGGAAGGUGGUGGAUGCAAGCGACGUUCACUUAUGUAACCGGGCAAUGGAGAAGUUGAUCGGCGUGUUGGUACCUUCUGUGGUACACCUUCACGUGCACGGAUCCAAAUCGAAGUCCCCUUUGAGCGAGAGGCUGGUUGCCGCCCUGUCCGACAAGUGCCCACGUUUGCGCACGCUCAUACUGGAGAACACGUACAUGCUGAACAUGAACCUGAACACGGCCGUUACCUUGGAUCAGUUACCGCAGAACGUGGAGACUUUGUCGCUUCGUAAAUGCUUCUUUAUGACGGAUCAGCUGUUUUGUAUGGCCUCCCGCAUGGACGGUCCGAAGAUAACCUGUUUGGAUUUCAACGGGUGCUGGUGCCUGAAGGACGACGACCUGCCGUUUCUCAGUUGGCUGCCCGAUCUGAGGGAAUUGUACUUGGAAAAUUGCGAGAACAUCACAAACGCGGCGGUCGGAGUCAUCGCCGCCAGGCUGUCUCAACUUGUAGUAUUGGAUCUGGAGGGUACCAAGAUUACCACCAUGGCAUUUUUCAUAUUGAGUAAGAGCUGCAACCGUUUGGAGAAACUCUUCAUGGGUAGAACGUCCAUACACGACGGGGCUUUUCUGACUUGCAUUGCCGUUAAACCGCUACCGAGCUUAAAGGCUCUGUGCCUUUGCAAGACCGAGUUGACCACCAUCGGAUUUGCCGCCCUGGUCGACAUUUUCCACGACAGGCUCAAGUGGUUGAAUAUUUCCGGCUGCAAGAUUUCGUCGCUUCCUCGAGAAGAGACUUCCCUUUCUGGUAUACAGGUAAUUCAAACUUCCAACUUUAACAAACAAGAAUCUUGUAUGCAUUUUAAUACGAGAAAUUGCGAUUGGUAGUAGGCAAUUUUGAUACUAAAAUCUUCUUGGAUAGGAAAAUAUAUAUACAUAUUUUUGUUCUAAGCACUUUACUUUGUCAUCUCGACACAGUUUUCAUCACCAUUUUCCUUGGAAUAAUGUAACUUUUAUAUGUAACAUGUUAAUAACAUUUUAAAGUAGAAAUAUCGAAACAAAAGAAACGCCUAACUAAACAGAUAGAGAUUGAAAUACUACAAACAUAAUCAUUUUUAUCAUUGUAAAUGCUAAUAAUGAGUAAAAUUAUCAUUAAGUCUGACUGUACUGAAGAUAAACACCACCACCAUUAUCUCUCCAUUCCCUCAACCUGUAACCACCAAAAUUUAAUAGCAUCAAUGCCUCUAAUGCACAAACCUCUCUGCAAUAUUUCAGAAGUUUUUGAUAAAAGACACAGGAGUUAUUAAGCUUCAAAGUCAUGUUCCCUCCAAACACAUUCAAAUAUACAGAGAAAAACGCCCAAAACUUUGCAUUUGUUGACGUUUCAAGGACCUCGAGUCCAAAAAAAAUUUUAAAUGUUGUGGGGUGAGUCAUUUUUUGAUUGCUUUUCCUCUUAUAUAUAAUAGUAAGAAAGUAAAAAUGCUGAAACUAAUUAAAUUAAAGCAGAUUAACAUUGAAAUUAGAGAUAUUUGAGUCUUUUAACUACCAGAGCGUUUCUUUUCUUUCGAGAUUUCUAACAAACAAUGGUAUCGGUUGUUAUGACUAAGAACUUUCACACUUUCUUUCAUUAAAUUAUUUUAAGAUUAUACUUUAACAUUCACUUGUUUGUUAACUAAAAUUACAAUAAGAACCUUUGUAUAUAUUAAAUUAACAAAUGAGAAUUCAAAAUUCUUUUUGGCGUGACAUCUAAUCCAGUUUUCUAUGUGUAGAUUGACCAAAAAAACUAGUCAUAUACUCUUCAUAUUCAUCUUUCUGAUCUAAUCGCUCAUUUCCACCGGGGUUCUUCAUUAUUUAUCUCUAUAGAGAGGGGGAAAAAAAGAAUAGAUUACUUCGAAUUUCUUAAUAAACUUUGUAAAUUUUAUAAAUUAAUAAUAAUAAUUACAUUACCAUUUUUGCAUAAAAAAUUACCCCUGUUACUUGCUAACAAAGAAGACCCAAAAGUCCACAUACCAUUAUACAGAGUUAAGGGUAUUUGGAAUUUAAAUCUAAUAAAAAGUAAAAUUUUUAGAGAACCUUUCCUAACCAAUUUUACAAUCAAUUUGGUUAUUAAACUAAUUACAUCCCUCUUCUGACUUAUAAGGUGACAUCCCAGCUUUGGCAUUGUGGAUUUUGAUGAAGGUUUAAGCAGAGGAGGGCAAUUGUCUCGUUUGCUCCCCUUUGCUUAAACUUUAACGUGCCUUCCACUAAAGUUUAAACAAUGGUUUACUGUUUAUCAGCUCGAGUUGCACCGUGCAAUAGUGGAAGGGGUGUACUAAAACGUAUUAAUUAAAAUGUCAGCAAAGAUCCAGAAUGUUAAAGCUUGAAGUUUUAUUUCGUUAUUAUUGCAGCUAAGCAUAUACAUUACAAUAAGGCAAAACAAAACUUUGUUAACACGUAACAAACUGCCGGCAGCAUAUAUUUAUUCCUGGAUUUAACGCGUAGAUGGGUCUGAAAACGGAAGUAAAACCCAAAACGAAACUGUUGGGUGCCGAAAAUACUUGGAAUGUGUAAAGAGUAUGUCCUUAUCGAAACGUGAUGACGUACAGAGCAAAUACUAACCGAUAUAAUUUAAGAUUUUCGUCUUUUUCAAAGCCGGGUACACACGUACCGGUAUACUUGACAGGUUUGCCUUCAAAUACAAUACUUGUGUACCCGGUUCAACUAAGAUUUCGAGCAGCAGAAGUCUGUUAGAUAAUUAUUUCCUCCCCGGCAUCUAAUACUAAUGGGUAUUUAAAAUUUCAAAUAAUCAUUUAUACGCGUAUCAAUCCGUUCCUUACGUCUCGAUAAGGAUAACUCGAACGAGUAAUAUCUCUACUUAUUGUUUCCUGUGUUUUAAGAGUUAUUUUGUAUUUUAAAAUUUAUCGUCUUAAUAUUCGGUUAUGUCUUUUGCAAAGAGAAUACAAUACAAAUGUGGAUAAAUGCUUAAAAUAAAAAAAAAGUUUUUUUUU